AUGCAGAGCAACGCUGCCGUCAGUGCUGUCAACUUGGGCGAGAAAUCGCCUGUCCAGGCUCAAGAAAAUAUCAGCUUCGACUCUCAGCUUGAAGCCGCCAAGACCAAUGAAGUCUAUAUCGAAGACGCUAUUCCGGCCAUCGAACCAAAGGCGGAGAGAAAGCUCGUCCGCAAGCAAGAUAUGAUCAUUCUUCCUCUGCUCGGAGUUGGCUACAUGAUGGGAGUACUAGAUCGAAGCAACAUCGGCAACGCCCGUCUUAUGGGUAUCCAAAAGGAUCUCAAUUUGAGCAACCAUCAGUUCUUCCAAGUUCUAAUGGUAACCUACAUUGGUUUUCUGGUCCUUCAAACACCUGGGGCUCUCCUGAUGAAGAUCUUGGCCCCUCGCUGGGUUCUCGGCGGGUCUAUCACCAUGUUUGGUCUAGUUGCCACCCUAUUCUCCGUGGCGCGUGGUUUUGGCGACCUUAUCGGUCUUCGUCUGCUCCUUGGCUUUGGAGAAGCAAUCGUACCACUGUCAUUUUUGUAUAUCAGCAUGUGGUACAAGCAUGACGAACUUGCGCUAAGAGGCUAUUGGGAUUAUACAGGUUUGAUCUAUUGGUCGACCAGCAUUGCCAGCUUUGCCGGUGGCUUGAUCGCUUAUGGUGUCGAGAAGAACAUCCACAACGCCCACGGUAUUCGAAGUUGGAAAUGGUUGUUCAUCGUUGAAGGCAUCCCCACCAUCGUGGUGGGACUCACUAUCAUGGCCAUCCUGCCGGAUUUUCCGGAUAAGGUGGUCUCAAAUGGACAUUUCUUGUUCAAGGAGUCCGAGAACGAGUUGCUCCUGGCGCGGACCAGGGCCAGUCAAAAUACUGCUGGUGCCAAGGUGGUGCCCCGCCAGAUAUGGAUCGCGAUCAAGGAUCCCAAAACGUAUCUAGGCUCCUUGAUGCUCACUGCUGUGGGAUUGAGCGCCGCCGCCUUCUCCGUCUUUCUCCCAACCUUCAUCAACGCAUUCGGGUUUGACCGGCUCACUUCCCAACUCUAUACCAUCAUCCCCUACAGCUUCGCUGUGGUGUCGAUGCCGGUGGCUUGCUGGCUCUCGGAUCGUUACCAGCAACGCGGGCUGGCAAUGGCGAUCUGUCUCGGUUCCUGCCUGAUCGGCAUCAUCAUCAUCUUGGCUUCUUCAACCCCAACUGUAUCUAUGGUAGGCACCUGCUUCGUCGCCGCGGGCACGUAUCCGGGAAACCCUAUUGCGGUCGCCUGGAUUAGCACCAUCCAUGGUGGUUACACCAAGAGAAGCACGGUCUAUGGCAUCCAGCAAAUCUUUAUCAACAGCUUCAUCAUUAUGGCCACCCAAGUCUUUGACACGCCGCCCAAGUUCUACAAGGGUAACGGUAUCUUGCUGGGUGUCUUUGUGGUUGCCUUCACGUCUACUGCAAUUCUCUACUUUUGGUUAAGACGCGAAAACCGUAAGCGCGAUGCCGCGGCCCAAGCCCGUCGUAACGGGACAGUACCACCACUCCCCAGCGACAUUGGCGACUUCGAGACCCUUUGUGACUAUCACCCCGAUUGGAGAUAUCCGCUCUGA